CAGCCGCGAACCCUUCUCCUCGCACGAAGGAUUUCUGCAGGCGACGUAGAGCUCCACAAAGCGGCUACUUCGUUUUCGUCUUUUGGAAAACAUGUCUGGAAGGAGAAAGACCAGGGAGCCCAAGGAAGAAACUGUGACUCUUGGACCUUCUGUGAGGGAAGGCGAGCAUGUUUUCGGCGUGGCUCACAUUUUUGCCUCAUUUAAUGAUACAUUUAUCCAUGUGACUGAUCUUUCUGGGAGGGAAACCCUUGUCCGCAUCACAGGUGGUAUGAAGGUGAAAGCUGACAGGGAUGAGUCGUCCCCAUAUGCAGCUAUGCUUGCAGCACAGGAUGUUUCUCAGAGAUGCAAGGAGCUUGGUAUUACUGCCCUCCACAUUAAACUGCGUGCCACUGGAGGAAACAAGACCAAAACGCCUGGUCCAGGUGCCCAGUCUGCACUACGUGCCCUUGCCCGUUCUGGAAUGAGGAUUGGUCGUAUAGAGGAUGUGACUCCAAUUCCGACAGACAGCACCCGCAGAAAGGGUGGUAGGAGAGGAAGAAGGCUGUAGGCUUGCUCCCGGAUUCCUUCUGUUAUGGCUGUGUUAGUGGUUUUUCCAUGGUUAUAAUGCUCUCCUUAAUCUUGCUACCUUAGUAUUUCAGAACUCCAAACUUGUCUUUGAUUAUUGCUUUGUCAGGGAUGUUUUCUCUUCGAUUUUGUUUUAUGUAGAACCGAGAUUUAUUAAAGAGGAAUUUUUGGCUUUAAUUUAACAAAUCAAUACGAUGCCACCUUUGGUUUUAUUAUUGAAGGAAAUA